CCUCCAUGAAAAAAAUUCUAGAUCCACCCUAGUGCUAGCCCCCCUAAAAUAUUGGCUCAAGAACCGCGCCUGACGCACCUUCGUAUGAGUCAAACACCGUAACCACUGGACGUACCAUGUCGUUCUACAUAGAGUUCUUUGCAGAGUUUAACAACCAAAACAAGUUUAUCACAAAUAACCAGGACUAAUCAACCCUGGACUGCUCGUUCGACUAUAUAGCUUUGCGCCAUGGUUGUUGAACUCUGUAAAAGUAUCACAAUACAAGGCAGUAGGGGAAAAAAAACAGCUGUGGAAUAAUAUUUCGGUGAGCAUUAUUAUGUACACAAUGUUAAAGCAAUAAGUAUUCGCCAUCAAGUACGUAGAGACACACUCGCUCACUGGGACUAAUAAACUAAUGUGUGUGGCAGCGUCGCUUAUAAUUAUACUGCCUUCGGUGGUGAGUGCUACAACUUUAAUACAGACCUAGUUUACAGAGAUAUUGACUGGUACCUUAGUGCGGCAACAUGACGUUGACGUGGAGUUUUCGAUGUGCAUGUUGGGGGAUCGUCUCUUCCCUUCUAGUUGCAGUCCUAUUCGGUCAUUGCUUGUUUUGUCAGGCCCACCUCGCCCUUCGAAUAACAGAAGGUGCUGUGGCGAUACUUCUGUUCCUUUCCUCCUUAAUCACCUUCCACAUCUCGACGCUCCGCUGUUCUGAGAGCCACACUCUCAGCAGCCUACUCCUUUCCUACUGGUGGCACCAAGGUGAAUGGCUAGCCACGCCCUUUAUCUUGGCAAAGGCCAACCGCAUGUGGAAACAUCCGCGUGAAGCCCAAGAGGAUCUGAUCCGGGAGCUGACCAGGCGACAUGCCAAGACGGAGUACGGGCGCAAGAACCGUCUUGGGGAGAUCCGAUCGUUGGGAGACCUCCACAAGAAGCAUCCUCUCACCACAUACGAUCACUUCAAGGAUUACAUCCAGCGGCUGGCGGAUGGCGAGGAAGGUGUCUUUCUUGGCGAGAGGCCCUUGCGAUUCGGCGUCACUUCGGGAACCACUGGAACCGGCAAGAAGGUCCCUUACAGUGGUUUCUUUUGGGAGGGUGAAUCAUUUGCCUUGAAACUCUACCGCCUUGGUAUUUACCAAGGAAUCAGUCGGCCAAGCUCAGUGCAGAAGCGCUGCUUUCUCUACACCCAUCCGAAGUUUUCGGUCACAAAGACUGGCUUAGCCGCCGCUUCAUUUCUGUUUGUCACAGAGAAGGACACAUCAAUUGUAAUCAUUCCCGAACAAAGUUCUCCGCUUCCAGCCUUCACUAUCACCCAUGAGCCUUCCGCCAUGUAUGUUCACAUGCUGUUUGCGAUUGCCGACCCCAACCUGGCAAUGCUGCAGGCACUGUUUACCCCUCAGUUGUACCGAGCUCUGACGUGUCUCGAGACCAACUGGCGGGCGAUGUUGGAGGACCUGUCUACCGGGAAGAUCAAUACGAAGAUCCCUCUAGACCCUGAUGUGCGCCGGUCCCUCCAAGGCUAUCUCAGACCGGACCAGGCCCGCGUAUGCCAGUUGAGAAGGGAAUUCGAGAAAGGUUUUGAGGGAAUCGUGAAGAGAAUCUGGCCUCACUUGCGAGCGCUUGACGGAGUCUCUAUCUCGGGCUUUAAUGAAAAGCUUCAGGAAAAAUACGCCAACGGUACUGUGUGUGUGGGUGCGUUUAAUUACGGUACUACCGAGUGUGGAUGCCCAACCGUCAACAUGUGGGUCACAGAGGAGGAACCAAGAUACGUCAUAAUACCGAACAUUGUCGUGUUUGAGUUCAUUCCAGAAGAGGAAUGCCUUGAGAAAGAUCCUACGACCUUGUUAAUAGAUGAGGUGGAGGUUGGGGGUAGAUACGAACUGGUGAGUACGACUCGGACUGGUCUCUACCGGUACAGAAGUGGGGAUGUCGUCCAAGUCACCGGAUUCCAUGAAAGAUGCCCUGUCAUCCGCAUGUUGUACAGAAUUGGGGAGUAUCUGAAUCUAGUCUACGAGAAGAUGAACGCCCCAGUUGUGGACGCUGCCAUAAAGGCGACAGUUGGCAGCUGGCCUAGAGUGCAGUUGGUAGACUGGACAUGCGCAGAGAGCCCAAUUUACGACGACAGUCCUGAGCUAUACUACAUUGUGUUCAUCGAAAUAGACGAAGAGCAGACAGAUUUCACUGAAAACCAACUGUCGAAGUUCGAUGAGUACCUCCAGCAUCAUCAAUACUACUACAAGAACCUUCGCGCUAGUCGCACCAUCUCCGCACCACACGUGCAUCUCGUCGCCCAAGGCGCGUUCACAGACCUCGAGGACUUCACCAUAUCUCGCACCACAGCGUCCUCCAACCAGUACAAGACGCCUCGCAAGCUGAAGACGAGGGAACUCGUAGAAUGGAUGAUGGAGAGGGUGGUCAACUAGAGGUCAAGUAUAUUGUCCUGUGCCGACCGUUGCUGUUUGCCAGGCCUCGUCUUCGGCUUCGGCCUCGUUGAUGCCUUGAUCCAAUUUAAAUAAACACAUCGAUUCCAUAACAUAACCGUUGGUGUCCGACCACUUUGAGACUGAACAUCUAACUUCAGGCAUUCAAAAGUUAUGGAGAUGGCGGGCUGAAAACGGGGACAAAGCAAAUGUUUGCUAAGUACAGGUUUUCUCAUCGAGGUCGUCCUCAGGUUCCUGUCCUCAAUUCAUCGAUGAUGUUGCACGCGUGUCCUCGAUUUACACCAUAAACACGCACUUUGAAAUGAACACACCAGUAAUCAGUAUUCAGUGGCUAAUCCAGCAUUUACGGCGGAAGGGGGGGGGGGAGGGCACGCCAUGACGACACGCCAUGGGGGACCACAGAUGUGCGGGAAAAGGUGUGCGUUCUUUCGGCAAAACGAAAAUACUGGCACACAUCCCUAUGUGAUUUGUUUUCGUUUUGCUGAAAGAACACUUACCUUUUUGUGGUCCGUGGCCAGAAUUUUAAAACGGUCGUUGUGUUUAAACUUUCGUAAUUUGAAACGGAUUACAUGAAUGAUUUGAAUGAUUCAUGUACGAAAAGAAAGCUUAUGAUCUGGGCUUUCAUAUCCUAGAUUUUGGAA